ACCAGUACACGGCGUGCGCGUACACGUGGGCCCGCUGUGCGCGCGCCGCCAUUUCUGCGGAAUUUAGUAAACUGCUGUGGUCGGUCUCUGAAAGGCUCCCACCUGGAAAAUAAUGAACAACAAAUUUGACGCUCUGAAAGAUGAUGACAGUGGAGACCAUGACCAGGACCAGGGUUCACCGAAAGAUGGUGAGAAAGAAAAAACUGAGGAUGAGGAGAAGGAACAGAAUACUUCUAAGAAAAAGAUGGUGGUGCCAGGAGCAGGAGAGCACCCUCUUCAGUACAACUACACCUUCUGGUACUCCAGACGCACUCCAGGGAGACCAGCCAGCACUCAGAGCUAUGAACAGAACAUCAAACAGAUUGGCAGCUUCGCAUCAGUGGAGCAGUUUUGGCGAUUUUAUAGUCACAUGAUCCGGCCAGGCGACCUGACAGGCCAUAGUGAUUUCCACCUCUUCAAAGAGGGUAUUAAACCCAUGUGGGAAGAUGAUGCCAAUAAGAUGGGUGGUAAGUGGAUCAUCCGUCUGAGGAAAGGCCUAGCAUCUCGGUGCUGGGAGAAUCUGAUCCUGGCCAUGCUGGGAGAGCAGUUCAUGGUGGGAGAGGAGAUCUGUGGGGCUGUGGUGUCUGUACGCUUCCAGGAGGACAUCAUCUCCAUCUGGAACAAAACAGCCAGCGACCAGGCGACCACUGCCCGCAUCAGAGAUACCCUGCGCAGAGUCCUCAACCUGCCUCCCAACACCAUCAUGGAGUACAAGACACACACAGACAGCAUUAAAGCCUGGGAAGACUUCCAUGGGCUGGUGAAUGCUAACAGCGGACGCUAGGCCCUCACAAAGAAAACCUCCGCCAGGGUGUGUGUAUGUGUGAUGUGUAGAGGGAUGACAAGUCCAGGGGGAGGAUACCCCCGCGUGGGUUGGCACUGUGUAAUAUGAAGACAGAGCAAAAGUCAGGAAGAGAGGUGAGAAGACAUUCCUCGUUUGGGUCAAAGUGGAAGUGAACAGAAGAGCCUUUCAGCA